AUGGCAUCGCAGAGUAGCCGACCCAUGCGAUCAAGCCUGCAGGUAGCCCCUUUGACCAUACAAAAGGCCGACUCGGCAAGCGAACCAUAUAACAACAAUGGGUUCAACCGAGGCUCGACCCGCGCAUCUACCCGCUCUACCCAAUCCGAAAUGACAUCCCAAAGCGAAAACUUUAUCGACAGCCAUGUCAACAAUCCUCCUCCCAUCUUUCACAACUUUCUCCAGGCUGUUUACCCCUUUCACCCCGAGUAUGUCAUGACGGACUCGGCCGUCACCCUGCCACUCAAGGAAAAGGACAUUGUCUUGGUGCAUUCAGUGCACACAAACGGCUGGGCUGAUGGCACUCUGUUGAAAGAUGGCUCUAGGGGAUGGCUUCCGACUAACUACUGUGUUCCCUACAACCCAGAAGAGAUGAGAAUACUUCUCGGAGCCCUGGUCAGUUUCUGGGAUCUCAUGCGAUGUGCAUGCAUAGACAGCCGGGAAUUGUUCAAUGGCAACAAGUUCAUGAAGGGCAUUGCUGGUGGUGUGCGAUAUCUGCUGGAGCACACUGGGUGUCUGCAGAAAGACUCCUCAAUUCUGCAACGACACGUUGAGCUCAGGGAGAGCCGAAGGACAAUCAAUGACGAACUUAGAGCGCUGGCCCAGACGGGCAGGAGAUUGGACAGAAAGCUGAAAGCUUCUCACAGGGUGCUUCGCGCAACAGAACAUCAGAUUAAUGAACUGGUGGACAACCUGAUUCUGCGAGCUUUCAAAAUUGCGCUCAGGGCAGCCGAAUUCUUUGACAUGAUUCAAAACGACAAGUCCCUUCGACUGACAUCAGUAAUGAUCAUGGAGACCGUUAUGGAAGAGGAAGACCUAACACCAAACACCGAUCCUGUGGUUCUGGCCAGAUCCAGCGACGCCAUUGAUGCACGCUCCCGUGCCGACAGCAACGGAAGCGCAACCGGGCCGACGUCAUCAGAAACAAGCCAGGCCCCCACAAACGGCCGUUUGUCUCCCCCCUACCAACCGAGUACAAAUGCUAACCGGUUGUCUCAUGGGAACUCUCUUGAAAUUUCCAACCGUCUCUCGUCCGCAACCAUUUGCCACCGCGUCAGUCUGGCUGGCUCUUCGCCGCUCUCACAGGCCCACAAGCUCGUCUCCGAACGUCUCACCAAAAGCCAAGAUAUCCUUGUAUCUCACCUUGCUUGCUUGAUGGGCCGUCUGCAAUUGGAAUGUGUAUCCCGUCCUCAGCUAGCUCUCGGUGUCAAGCAAGCCAUUACAACUGGUGGAGAUUUGCUGCUGGUGAUUGACGUUGUCUCGGCGCGAAACUCUCUCAGCAUCGAGACAUUGGCUCCACUUCGUGCCGUCAUGUACGAUCGCAUCGAAAACCUUUACCAAACAGCACGCGAAGUUCUCACCCAGAACAUGGAAGAUGCCAUCGUUCCCAAGGAAGGCCGCCGCUUGCACGUUGCCGCUGUGGGCUGUGUCAAAGUCAGCGGGACAUGCUACGACAAGACGAAAUGGGUUAUUGGACAGAUUGGCGAUUUCGAGUUCGAGUUCGAGGACAACAGUCUUGAUUUGGCCUUUGAUUUUUCUGCUUUCGACGCUGUUCUGGACGCGAAGGAUACGCGUGCUGCGGAUUCGGUCAGCGUUGCCGAUUCCAGCAGAUCGGAGGCGUUGACUAUGUCGACAACCGUCACAACCGCCUCUACGCCCGCUCCAAGGCCAGCAAGUCUGGAGCUCAACAAACCACUCCCUGAUAUUCCGCUUGUUUCAACUCCAGCUGUGGAAACGUCACAGGAGGCCACUGAAGACUCGGCACCUGCUGAGAACACCUCAUCAGUGUCUUCUCCCCGUCCGUCGCUACCUUCUCUUCCCAAGCUCUCUACCGAGAUCCCCCUUGCGCAUGACUACAGCCCUACCGAGGCAUCCGCCGCCCAAGAUGGCGAGUUCCAUUCUUUCAGGGCCGAGAGCAUGACUGCCUCGAGUUCCGCAUCAGCUACUACUUAUAUCAGCCGGACAUCGGAGUCAAGCAUGAUCUCACAGACAUCCACUCGGGCCACAACACCGGAUCUCACCCAUGCUCCCGGAAAUCACCAUCCUUCGGCAUCUAACGUGAGCCUGUCCGACAGUACGACACUUAGUGAAGAUAGCGACGAUGCCGAGUUUAAGCUACUCGAGAAGACGUAUGCUCAUGAGCUGAUUUUCAACAAGGAAGGCCAAGUGACUGGAGGUUCCCUUCCGGCGCUGGUUGAGCGUCUCACUACUCAUGAGUCGACUCCUGAUGCCAUGUUUGUGUCCACAUUCUACCUCACGUUCCGUUUGUUCUGCACGCCGCUCAAGUUUGCUGAGGCCCUGAUUGACCGCUUCAACUACGUCGGAGAGGCUCCGCAUGUCGCUGCCCCUGUUAAGCUUAGGACGUACAAUGUUUUCAAGAGCUGGAUGGAGUCGCAUUGGCAGGAAGAAACUGACGCGGAAGCAUUACCCGUGAUUAAGAGCUUUGCCGAGUCCAAACUCACAGAGCUUUUGCCUUCUGCUGGAAAGAGAUUGCUUGACCUCGCCGAGAAGGUGGCUAACAGCGGCAGUACUCUUGUGCCCCGUUUGGCUGCCUCCAUCUCCAAGACCGGCACUUCUGGCUCUCAGUUCAUUUCUGCCGAGACGCCUCUCCCUUCGCCCAAUCUCUCAAGGGGUCAAGUGCACGCACUCACCAACUGGAAGGCUGGUGGUGUCUCCCCAUCCAUCAUGGAUUUUGACCCGCUUGAGAUCGCUCGCCAAAUCACCAUCAAGCAGAUCGGUCUCUUCUGCUCCAUCACUCCUAAGGAGCUUCUCGGCUCCAAGUGGACCAAGAACAAGGGAGUUGGCGCACCCAAUGUCAAGGCCAUGUCGACUUUCACCACCGGAUUGUCCAACCUCGUGGUGGACACUAUCCUCCAAUUCGAUGAGAUUAAGAAGCGAGCCACCAUCAUCAAGCACUGGAUCAAGAUCGGCAGCCAGUUUCUUGCCCUGAACAACUACGACGGUCUGAUGGCCGUCACGUGCGCCUUGAACGACUCCAGCAUCAAGCGCCUGCGGAUGACGUGGGACACCAUCAGCUCGAGGCGCAAGGAGACGCUCAAGUCUCUGCAGGCCAUUGUCGAGAUCGGCCAAAACCACAAGGCCCUCCGUGCUCGGCUCGCCGACCAGGUCCCUCCUUGCCUUCCAUACGUCGGCAUGUUCCUGACCGAUCUCACUUUCAUUGAUGCGGGCAACCCCGCCAAAAAGACGACGGACACGGGCCUGACGGUGGUCAACUUUGACAAGCAAAUGAAGACGGCCAAGUGCAUCGGCGAGCUGCAGCGGUUCCAGAUGCCUUACCGCCUCACCGAAGUUCCGGACUUCCAGGAAUGGAUCGUCUCGCAGAUUGAAAGGGCGCGGGAGAUUGAGAAGACCGGAAGGACGCCUGCUCAGGUGUUGCACUACCGUCAGAGUCUGCUGCUGGAGCCGAAGGAGCAAUUGCAGUCUCCGGUGGAGGGCCCAUCCUCGGGUUCCAACAUGUUCUCGUGGAUCAGGCACAACCAUUCUACGCAUGGCUUGCCUACCUCUGCUCAAGUCUAGUGCACUUUAUAUGAACAAUGUUCAUCAUCGGCGUCGGACGCCAGUGAUACACAGCCACACCUGUGCUGUAUACCAGUUUCGUGAGGUGGUGUCAUUAUCUAGGGCGACCACCCACGAAUUUUGUUAUUUUUUUUUCUUGAU